AUACAAAUUGAAACUGUUUUUGUGUGUUUCUUCUUCCUUACAAACAUACAUACAAAUCAAACGCAUAAGCACAUAAACAAAAAAGUUAACAUAGAAAAAAGAACAAAAAAUGGGUUUUCGUGGGAAAUUCUUCUUCCCAACGCUCAUGACUCUAUCGUUAUUUCUAAUAAUCAGGUACAACUACAUACUCUCCGGUGAUCCUCCUCUCCAGCAAGAUCUCCCUGGACGCCGGUCAUUUUCUUCCAGAGAUGACGUCAUAUCUUCCAUCAAGACUCCGCCAAAGAAGACUAAGAGACUUUUUCACACGGCGGUGACAGCCACUGACUCUGUGUAUAGCACAUGGCAGUGUCGGAUCAUGUACUAUUGGUACAACAGGUUCAGGGACGAACCUGGUUCGGAGAUGGGCGGGUAUACCCGAAUCUUGCACUCGGGUCGACCCGAUGGGCUCAUGAAUGAGAUCCCUACCUUUGUUGCAAACCCUCUUCCCUCUGGUGUUGAUCAGGGAUAUGUAGUUCUAAAUAGGCCUUGGGCGUUUGUGCAAUGGCUUCAACAAGCACACAUAGAGGAAGAUUACAUUCUUAUGGCGGAACCUGAUCAUAUCAUAGUUAAACCAAUACCGAACCUAGCCAGAGGCAAUCUCGGGGCUGCAUUUCCCUUUUCCUAUAUUGAACCAAAGAAAUACGAAUCUGUUCUCCGCAAAUUCUUCCCUAAGGAGAAUGGCAUGAUAUCAAGAAUCGACCCCAUUGGCAACUCUCCAGUGAUUGUCUCUAAGAAUGCAUUGAUGAAAAUUGCUCCAACAUGGAUGAACGUUUCUUUAGGUAUGAAGAAUGACCCACAAACAGAUAAAGCUUUUGGAUGGGUCCUUGAAAUGUAUGCAUAUGCUGUUUCGUCGGCGUUACAUGGUGUGAGCAACAUUCUACACAAAGACUUCAUGAUUCAGCCUCCUUGGGACACUGAAUCAAAGAAGACGUACAUCAUACAUUACACUUACGGUUGCGAUUUCGACAUGAAGGGAAAGAUGAUGGCUGGGAAGAUUGGAGAAUGGAGAUUCGAUAAACGGUCUUACGGUAAUAAACCGCCCCCAAGAAAUCUCACAUUGCCUCCCCAAGGUGUUCCUGAGAGCGUGGUGACAUUGGUAAGUAUGGUGAACGAAGCUACGGCUAAUAUUCCUAACUGGGAAUCCUAAAAAGAAUUUUGUUUAUUUUUUCUUCUUGCGAGCAAGAUUACAUUCCCUUUAUAGUUUUCAUUACUCCAAUAUUCAAAUUCUAAAUCCAUAUGUGGGUUGGAAGAAAACAGAAACCCGUAGCUGUAGAAAACUAAUGACGGCUAUGACAAAAUGCGAGUCAUUGUUAGGAAAUGGUUUCCUGUUCCACAACCAAUCAUACAUUACUUAAUA